CGCUGCCCGCGCCCCCGCUGGCCGCCCGCGCCGGGCCGGCUGUGCUCUGCGUCGGCAGCACCGCGGUGCAGGCGCGCGAGGGCCGCGGCCGGGGAUGAGCUGCCUGCGGUGAGAGGCCGCCCUGCCAGCCGCGAUCAUGUCCAUCCACAUCGUGGCGCUGGGGAACGAGGGCGACUCGUUCCACCAGGAUAACCGGCCGUCGGGGCUCAUCCGCACCUACCUGGGGAGAAGCCCGCUGGUUUCGGGGGACGAGAGCAGCUUGUUGCUGAACGCGGCCAGCACGGUCGCGCGCCCGGUGUUCACCGAGUACCAGGCCAGUGCCUUCGGGAACGUCAAGCUGGUGGUGCACGACUGUCCCGUCUGGGACAUUUUUGACAGUGAUUGGUACACCUCCCAAAACCUAAUUGGGGGUGCUGACAUCGUUGUGAUAAAAUACAAUGUAAAUGACAAGUUUUCAUUCCACGAAGUAAAGGAUAAUUAUAUCCCAGUGAUUAAAAGAGCAUCAAACUCGGUUCCAGUGAUCAUUGCAGCCGUUGGGACCAGGCAGCAUGAAGAAUUACCUUGUACAUGCCCCCUGUGUACCUCAGACCGAGGGAGCUGUGUUAGUACCACAGAAGGGAUCCAACUUGCCAAAGAACUGGGAGCUACCUACCUGGAGCUGCAUAGCCUCGAUGACUUCUACAUCGGAAAGUAUUUCGGAGGAGUGUUGGAGUAUUUUAUGAUUCAAGCCUUAAAUCAGAAGACAAGUGAUAAAAUGAGGAAAAGGAAAAUGACCAACUCCUUUCACGGAAUUAGACCUCCUCAACUUGAACAGCCAGAAAAGAUGCCUGUCUUGAAAGCCGAAGCAUCGCACUACCACUCCGACUUGAACAACUUGCUGUCCUGCUGCCAGUGUGUGGACGUGGUGUUUUACCACCCGGAAGUGACGGGCGUCGCGCAGGCCCACAAGAUUGUUCUGUGCGCUGUGAGCCACGUUUUCAUGCUGCUGUUCAAUGUGAAGAGCCCUACUGACAUUCAGGAUUCCAGUAUCGUCCGAAUGACCCAGGACCUCUUUGCCAUCAACAGAGAUGCUGUGCUUCCAGGUGCUAGCCAGGAAUCUUGCAGCAACCCGCCGCUGCGAGUCAUUGUGAAGGACGCGCUCUUCUGCUCCUGUUUGUCCGAUAUUCUGCGCUUCAUUUAUUCAGGUGCUUUUCAGUGGGAAGAGCUGGAAGAAGACGUCAGGAGGAAGCUGAACGACUCAGGGGAUGUUUCCGAUGUAAUCGAGAAAGUUAAAUGCCUUUUAAAAACACCAGGAAAGAUCAGUUGCCUGAGGAAUUGCAAGACCUACCAAGCCAGAAAACCUCUGUGGUUCUAUAAUACGUCACUCAAGUUUUUCCUCAAUAAACCAAUGCUUGCUGAUGUUGUCUUCGAAAUACAAGGAACAGCUGUGCCAGCCCACAGGGCCAUCUUGGUAGCACGGUGUGAAGUGAUGGCAGCCAUGUUUAAUGGUAAUUACAUGGAAGCCAAGAGUGUCCUGAUUCCAGUGUAUGGAGUUUCCAAAGAGACUUUCUUGUCGUUUUUAGAAUACCUAUACACAGACUCUUGUUGCCCAGCUGGCAUUUUCCAGGCCAUGUGUCUCCUCAUCUGUGCUGAGAUGUACCAGGUCUCCAGACUGCAGCAUAUCUGUGAGCUGUUCAUCAUCACACAGCUGCAGAGCAUGCCCAGCAGGGAGCUGGCGUCCAUGAACCUUGACAUUGUGGAUCUGCUCAAAAAGGCCAAGUUUCACCACUCUGAUUGCCUUUCAACGUGGCUGCUUCACUUCAUCGCCACCAACUACCUCAUAUUCAGCCAGAAGCCUGAAUUUCAAGACCUUUCAGUGGAAGAACGAAGUUUUGUUGAAAAGCACAGAUGGCCAUCAAACAUAUACUUGAAGCAGUUGGCAGAGUACAGGAAGUAUAUCCACUCCCGGAAGUGUCGCUGUUUAGUCAUGUGACCUGACCUUUUGUGUAUAGACACUUUUUUACUGUUACGAAGAAUGGGUACCUCUGGGUUCAAGUAAAAUUCUUGUAAUUGAUUCAGUAUGGUAUUUUAAAAACACCAUAUAGCUUCUUAUUAGCUAGCUUUGAAGAGCUGCACAGGUCUUAAAAGGGAGCACAGACUUUAAUGCUUCGCCCAGGAUAUAAAACUCCUGGACAGUGUCUUCUUUAGGUUGCCCCGUUGCUUUGAUAGCAUUAAACCUCUCCUCAUUAGGAGAUGUUUAAUUUUAAAAAUAUCAUCUAGGAUAAAUACAAAAAUUUCAUCA